AUGCUGGCAACCAAGACUUUCCUACUUCCCUCUUCCCGAGUCUGUAUUUCGGGCCUUAGGAAUCUGUCCGCCAGCGCCCUUGCUAAGGCUACUGCGACUUCUACUUCCUCAUCGUCUCCAAGUACCGGUACUGCCAUUCACCCCCCAUGGCCCGACGGUCCUCUCCGAGUCUCUCCCUGGCAGCGGCAAGAGGCCCUCCCUCUAACCCGUCAGGCCUUCCUGGAUCUCCUGGAUGGCCGCACCCCGGCCAUCAACGAGCCAGGCUUCCUGUCCAAAGAAGUAGCGCAAAAGAUUACGGACGAGGUCAGCCCCCGAAUCUUACCGUACCAGCACGUCGCAGGCCCGCCGCUGGAGAAGGUGGGUGUGGCCCAGUUUGAAUUCCAGGCGCAGUCUGAAGAGGAUUUCAAGAACCGGGAUGCCGGCUUCAAGGAUCGGUAUUUCGAGCAGGCCGCCGCAAACGCUCCUCUCCACGACCAACUAACGGAAAAGGUCGGCGAUAACCCUUGGGCCCGGAUCAUGGCACACAUCGCCUCGCUGGUGCCGGAAUGGGAUGUCGUGCGGGCUUCGGAAGGGCCGGGGAGAACCUACUUCUCUGGCAUCUACCGGGUGAUCAACAAAUCGACCCCCAUCCACUGUGACUGGUCGCCCUUCGACUCGGCCACCGAGGACUGGAUCGUCAACCGCAUCACCCGGCAAGCCGUGUUUAAUCUGUACUGUGCCGAUUUCCGAGGCGGCGAGACACUUGUGUACGAUGUGCAGUGGUCGCCCGAGGCCAUGCGGUAUAGGGACCCAGCAACGUAUGGAUAUUUCCCGAGUAUGGUGGAGGGGCAUAGAAGCUAUACCUUCAGUCCUGGACAGGGAGACUUGUGUCUGUUCAACUCGCGGAACAUGCAUGAGGUGAAACCGGUGCAGGAGGAUGACCAUCCAACUCUGGGCAAGUGGUCGCCACCUAGGGUUACGUUGAGCAGUUUUAUGGGGUUGUUGCCAGAGAGUGUUACGGGGGGGAGGCCGCAAUUGAUCUUCUGGUCUUGA